AUGCCGGACUGCCUGUCCAUCACCCACGAUAACACCGCACUGGCGGACCGCCACGCCACUUUCGCCACGAACUGCGCCCUGGCCUUCUACCCGCUGCACUCAUGGGACCUCAAGACCCUGACAGCAUUGUACACGACCGCCUUCAUCUCGCUGGACGACCAGAUCCGCGACAUGCGCCACGACGUGCAGCUCUUCCGCACGCGCCUGCUAUGCGGCGAACCCCAGCCGCAGGGGCCCCUGGCGCUCUUCGCCAAAAUUCUCACUCGGAUGGAGCCCCACUACGGGACCUUCACGAUGGACCUGCUCGUCGCCAGCACAGUCGAGUCCAUCGCCUCGCACGGACUCGAAAGCUCCGGCCACGUGUACCACCCCGACCGGAUCUCCGACGACUUCCCCCGCUACUUCCGGUGGAUGACGGGGUUCGCGCAGCCGUACGGCCUGUUCCUGCCCGCCCGACACCUCUUCCCCGCCGAGCCCAUCGAGGCGAUCGAGGCGCUCAUGUUAGGGGUCAUGCCUGAGAUGGCCCAGCUCGCGAAUGGCAUUAACGACGUGCUCUCCUUCUACAAGGAGUCGGUCGUGGGGACAGAACGCGCGAAUUUCAUCUACAUGAGCGCGGCGAAACGAGGGGUCUCGCCGCUGGCUAUGCUGGAAAACUUUUCCCGGGAGUUGUUCACAAGCUACGAGGCUGUGAUGGGGAGGUUGGAGGUCAAUCUGCAGCUGCGGGAGGUGUUCCGUCGGUGGGUUAAGGGCGAGACGCGGUUGCAUUUUAUUGAUCCCAGGUACCGGCUGAUGGAGGUGGAUCUGUCUGGUUGA